CAGAAUUUCUUCAAUUGUGCAGCGCCAUGGCUCCAAAAGGGAAGAGCUCGGUGACAUUUGCGCCGGCGAAGGUCAUACAGCCCAUCUUCACACGGGGCAACGUUGCGCUCAGCCAGGACGGGCGUAUUCUUGCCUCGUGCCUGGACGAGGACGUGCUGCUCACGGACUUGCGGACGGGACAAGAGCUAGCGAGGAUAGAAGGGGACGGAGAAAUAGCCACCUCUAUAGCCAUAACGCCUUCCGCGUCGCAUUUGAUAAUAUGUUCGCGCUCGCUGUCCAUGCACAUAUAUGCGCUUUCUUUUUCUGACUUCGACGACCACCUCGAGUAUGAGCGCCUUCGCACGCUCAAGCCGCACACGGCGCCAGUCGUUGUAACAGCGGUCGACCACACAGGGACGCUCCUGGCUACAGGAGGCGCCGACGGAGUAGCAAAGGUAUGGGACAUACGAGGUGGCUAUGUUACUCAUACAUUCCACGGCCACAGCGGCCUAGUCUCCGCCCUGCAUUUCUUUGAAGUUGAUCCGACGCAAGAGAAAGAGGAGCAUUCAUCGAAAAAACGGAAAAGAAAGGGUAAAGGCGAAAAGCUAGAGUCCGAAGCGGACGACGAGAGUACCAUGGGCUUCCGACUGGCCUCUGGCGGAGAGGACGGAAAGGUUCGGAUAUGGAACUUGCACAAGCGAUCGGCCGCGGCCGUGUUGGAUGCGCACAUGUCCGUCGUUCGCAGCUUGGACUUUUCGCGGGAGGAAAACCUGCUUCUCUCUGGUAGUAGAGAUAAGACGGCGAUUCUGUGGGACGCACGGUCGUGGAAGGCUCGAAACACGAUCGCUGUCUUGGAAGAAGUGGAGCGCGCGGGCUUCGUCGGGAGAGGCAAGCUGCUCUACACCGGUGGCGAGAUGGCCAAGCUCCGGAUAUGGGAGACGAACUCCGGGCGAGAAAUCACUGAAGAGCAAGAGCAAGGCACGGAAACAGAGGUGAUCCAGGACGUGAUUUACUAUCCAGAGUGGUCAUACUUGCUCACCGUGCACGCGGACCAGACCUUGGUCUUUCGAUCACUGGAAAAAAUAGAGGGCUAUGAAUCAAGUCAAGGCCGUAUGCCACCGCUACCUGUCCUAAGGCGUAUACCAGGUAGCCAUGAUCAGAUUAUCGACAUUGCCUACGUUGGAGAAGACAAGUCGUUACUUGCUCUGGCAACGAACUCCGAAGAUGUGCGGAUCAUCUCCAUAAAGGAUGGACGAACGGCGAAAGACGACGAUGUCACCGAGGGCGGUUACUUUGGCUCUGACGUCGCGCUACUCAAAGGUCACGACGACAUCGUGAUCGCCAUAGAUGUCGAUUGGUCAGGACACUGGCUGGCAACAGGCGCAAAGGACAAUACUGCGCGGAUUUGGCGUCUUGAUCCCUCGAACAACUUGUUUGAACAAUACAGCACAUUUACCGGGCACGCAGAAUCGCUAGGCGCGGUCGGCUUACCGAAAAAUGCCCCGCCAGCAGAUUCGUCUGCCUUCAAAGAUCCCCUAAAUCACCCGCCCCCCUUUUUGAUCACGGGUUCACAGGACCUGACGAUCAAGAAGUGGAGUAUACGGAAGCCAAGCGCUGAUGGCGGCGCAAAGACUGCCAAGUCCGCGUACACUCGGAAAGCACAUGAGAAAGAUAUCAACGCAAUAGCUGUGCACCAUUCGGCACAGUUCUUUGCGUCAGCUUCACAGGAUAGGACAGUGAAGAUAUGGUCUGUGGAGGAUGGCUCGAUUGUGGGCAUAUUGAAAGGCCAUAAGCGGGGCGUGUGGACUGUGGCUUUCUCGAACCCGGGAACAAACCUAAACAUUCCGGGAGCAACUGGUGGAGGAUCUGGCGGGAGCAGAGGAUUCGUCCUCACAGGUAGCGGAGACAAGACAGUAAAGAUCUGGAGUUUGGCGGAUUAUAGCUGCCUGAUGACCAUGGAAGGACAUACAAACAGCGUGUUAAAAGUCGUAUGGCUGCCACCUUCGAUAGGAGCGCCUCCAAUCACCGACGCAGACGGCGAUGAGGACAUGGACACCGCUGUGCCGGCGAUGCCUUCAGAGAGACGAGGGGUUCUCGUCGCAAGCGCAGCAGCAGACGGUCUCGUCAAAGUUUGGGAUGCACAAUCGGGCGAGUGCGCAGCUACCUUGGACAAUCACACCGACCGUGUCUGGGCCCUCACCAGUCGAGCGGCAUCGCAAUCGCCAGGCAGCAUCGGAGAAUCCAUCAUAUCCGGAGCAGGCGAUGGCGUCCUGACUUUCUGGACGGAUACCACGGCCUCCACCGCUCUUGAAAGCCGGGCAAGGGAAAUCAAGCAGGUUGAGCUGCAGCAAGAACUCGAAAAUCAUGUGUACAGCAGGAAUUGGCGCGAGGCCAUCACUCUAGCCCUGCAGCUUGAUCAGCCCGCCCGCUUACUGUCUCUCUUCAAGACUGUUGUCGAAGCCGAUACGCCCGAUCCCACAUCCUUUACGGGCAACAAGGACGUGGACGAUGUGAUUGCUUCCCUAGCAGAUGAGCAGGUUUUCAAACUUCUGCUCCGUGUGCGUGACUGGAACACAAACGCUCGGAACUUCUUGGUCGGGCAGCGCGUUCUCCGCGCCGUCAUUGAAGCUUGUGGCAUCGAAAGACUUGCGAAUUUGCACGUGCGAGGCGGAAGGGCAGGUCGAAGUGGUGUUAAGGAGGUCAUGGAAGGCUUGAGGGCGUACGGCGAGCGGCAUUUCAACAGGGUGAGUGAGAUGUGGGACGAAAGUUUCUUGGUGGAGUUCACGCUAGGAGAGAUGGACGACAUUUUAGGCCCUAGCGAUGAGGACGAGCGCAGAUUGCUGGGUGCGCCGGAAAUGGCCAACGGCGUAGCACCGAGCAGGGAGAAGGAUGUUAUAAUGUUGGAAGCAUAGACGAGAAUAUAUACUCCGGAGCGCAAGUUACCAUGCGCAUCUUUGCACUGGCCGCGUGUGCCCUUCUUCCC